UGCGCACUAUUUUGCAAGUGCACUGAAGGCGGCAGUCUGACGGCGAAGGCUACUGCGCAUGACUCUGACUGUUUGCACGAAGCAGGCCUGUCUUUAUUUUAAUGUUUUUAUCCAACUUGCAAGAGAAAUCGCGCUCGGACGCCCGCCGAUCGAAAGUAAAACACAAAAAGUCUGCUUCGGUAUAACGAGCAAGCCUGAAUAGCGUGUGGCAUUUGCAGCGAUCGGGAGCAGCUUCCGUUACGCCUCUAGUGUCACUAGGCCCGCUGACCCACAUUCGCGAGAUCGCUUGAGGAAGUGCGUGCAUUGCAUUUCGCGCUAGUGCACCUUAAUAUUAUUCAUUCUACGGUUAAGCAACCGGCGAUCCGGUUGCUCAAGGUGGGAAAAACCAGUCAGGACACCCGUGUGGAUGUUUUUUUUCCGGUAGGUAUCAUCUUUGAUCGUUUUGAUACGGCUUUCAGGUUGGCAAGUCUUCCACACCAAUGUCUUUCCAAUGCGUCGGGUUAUUAUUUACCCAGACUGAUCCAUGAGACAACAUUAUCAUGAGCUCCAGAGACAGGGGAAAAUUGCAUUUAAAAUUCUCACAAAAUAUUUUGUGACCUUGUCUUUUAGAGAUGAUGGCAGUAUUUUUGAUGGUCUGAUGGAAGAAGAUGAGAAGGAUAAAGCAAAACGAGUUUCAAGAAAUAAAUCGGAGAAGAAGCGGCGAGACCAGUUCAAUGUCCUCAUCAAAGAACUUGGCACCAUGUUGCCUGGCAACACUCGCAAGAUAGACAAGUCCUCCAUUUUGCAGAAAAGCAUAGACUACCUGCACAAGCACAAAGAAAUUGCCGCACAGUCCGAGUCAAGUGAGAUCAAACAGGAUUGGAAACCUCCCUUUCUUAGCAAUGAGGAGUUUACACAGCUGAUGCUAGAGGCACUGGAUGGGUUCUUUAUAGUAAUGCUGACAGAUGGCAACAUCAUUUAUAUCUCGGAAAGCAUCACCCCUCUACUUGAACAUCUGCCUUCAGACUUGGUGGAUCAAAACCUUUUGAACUUCCUUCCAGUGGCAGAGCAUGCAGAAGUGUAUAAAGCUCUGUCCUCGCACCCAGACGUUGAAACCCUUUGCUCAGAUUACCUCAAGGCCAAGAACCAGAUGGAGUUUUGUUGUCACAUGCUCAGAGGUUCUUUGGAUCCAAAGAAACCACCUGUGUAUGAAUACGUCAAGUUUAUCGGCAACUUCAAGUCUCUCGCCAACAUGCCUCUCACAACCCGAAACGGCCUUGAGGGAAUUUUACAACGUUCUUUGCAACCAGCCUUUGACGAUCAAGUUUGUUUCAUCGCAACUGUGCGGCUUGCCAAACCCCAGUUCAUCAAAGACAUGUGCAUGGUCGAGGAGCCUAAUGAAGAAUUCACAUCUCGACACAGUCUGGAGUGGAAGUUUCUUCUGUUAGAUCACAGAGCACCACCUAUCAUUGGUUACAUGCCAUUUGAGGUCCUGGGGACGUCAGGCUACGACUACUAUCAUGUAGAUGACCUUCAUUCACUGGCUAAAUGUCACGAACACUUAAUGCAGUUUGGAAAAGGCAAAUCAUGCUAUUACCGGUUUUUGACUAAAGGCCAGCAGUGGAUUUGGCUCCAGACAAACUACUACAUCACUUAUCACCAGUGGAACUCACGGCCAGAGUUCAUUGUGUGCACACACACUGUUGUGAGUUACGCCGAAGUGCGAGCAGAGCGAAGGAGAGAGAUGGGCAUAGAGGAUUCCCCUCCGGAGCUGACCGGAGAUAAGAUGUCUCUAAACACUGGCUCUGAAUCGCAAUUGAACACCUCCUCUCUGAAGGAGGCACUGGAGCGUUUCAGCAACAGCCGAACACCCUCAACCUCCUCACGGAGCUCCCGCAAGUCUUCGCACACAGCUGUCUCUGACAACACCUGCACUUCCACUCCUUCUAAGCUACAGAUGGAUAUAAGCACUCCGCCCCGGCCGCCCACUGUUGACAUGACGCCACAGCGUCGCUCGUCUGUCAGCACUCAGUCCAUGAGUUCCCAGAACACCACUCAGACUGGCUCUUCGGUCCAGAUCAGCCAACCACAACCACAGCAGCAGGUUGAGUCGAAUGCCCUGUUCUCGGCACAGUUGAACGCGAUGCAGCACCUGAAGGAUCAGCUCGAGCAGAGGACACGCAUGAUAGAAGCCAACAUUCAAAAACAGCAGGACGAACUGAGACAGAUUCACGAGCAGCUACAGAGAGUUCAUGGACAGGGAGCUCCGAUGAUAGUACAGCAGCCAGGGGGUGGAUUCAGCGUGCAGUUGCCACAAGUCGGUGGAGCUCAAACUAGCAUUGUAGGUGUUGGGACGCAGCCCGGGGUCGUAGCUAUACAGGGUCAAAACGUGACAAGCACAGCACACUGUGGGACUUUUACACAGCAACAAAUACUUCCCCAACAGCAGCAGCAGCAAGCUUCACGACCCCUGCAGCCGAAUCUACAGAGCUCAUCUGUUACGCAGUGUGGUCCAGUAUAUAACACAAUGAUGAUAAGUCAGCCUGCUAAUGCCAAUGUUGUGCAGAUACCCAGUGGCUUGGCACCAAAAAUCAAUCAGGGCAAUGCAAUAAACAGGUUUCCAGCAGGACAGCAGUUGGUCACGAAGAUAGUGACGGCUCCAAUGGCAUGCGGUGCUGUCAUGGUACCAACAUCGAUGUUCAUGGGUCAGGUAGUGACAGCGUACAACCCGUUUGCACAGCAACAAGGUCAGACGAUAGCACUGCAGACUCAGUCCACAGACUCACAGGCUCAAGCUACCGCAUUACAAUCAAGUCAACAGCAGGGGGCGAUACAACAACAGAAUAAACAGCAGCAACAGUUUGUGCAGAGCACGCGCCUUCUUCACGGCAACCAGUCCACCCAACUGAUCCUGCAGGCUUUCCCUAUUCAGCAGCAGAGCACAUUUACAACCUCACAACCACAACAGCACCAACUAAAGCCACAAACUCAAAAACAGCAGAAACCCGCCACAUCCCACCAGACGGAAAGUAGAAGUGCCCAAUCUCAGUAACCUGAAGCUAUAAAAAGCAUCAACCAAUCGGAUGGUUUAUUGGUCAGGUGCUAUAUUAAUUGAAAGCUCUUCGCAAACUGCUUUUCCCGGCAGACAGCUGGUUAUUUGAAAGCUUUUAAGACAAGGAAGUCUGAAAAUAAAAGUACCCCUGUGGCAACCAUGCUGAACAUUUCACCGGACCAACAGGUGGUUCCCAAGCCUCCUUAUUUAUUUCAUAGGCAUAAGCAUAGGACCGCUAGCACUGGAUGGUCUUUGCCAAACACAAAAUGUUUUGGUCUCAGUCUUUCACAAAGAACUGAGUCGGAAUCUGUACAGUCUUGUUGUGUAUCAUACUGUGUACAUAUUAUAUACGACCGUAAAGGAACAAAGAAAGAUAUUUUAUAUGCUGCAUGGAAAGUGUAAACUUUCAUUUGUACUUCCAGUUUUUAAAUUUUACUUUGGGGUAACGUUAAACAUUUUUAUAUAAUGCGUAUAGUAAUGCUGUAUGCUUUAGACCCUCCCUAAUUAAAAUUUCUUCACUUAUAGUUAGGGACCGUCAUAGUUAUCGAAAGCACUUAGGUAUUUUAUAGUAUUUAGUUUUUCUUCAUAAAUUACUUUAUUUUACAAGUUUUUGUUUUUCAAUUGCGUACAAGCAAAUUGCCCAAUUUAUUUAAAAAUUUAAAUGCAGAGGAAAUUCAUUUUUACAAGUGCCAAAUUUAGUUACUUUGUUGAAUGUUAAUGGCAUACUGUAAUUAUCCUCUUAAAAAGUUAAUGUGCACCUUUACGUUUAGCACUUAUUGUGUUUAUACACACUAAAAAAAUGACCCCUCCUUAUUGCUAUUGUGACCUAGUGGUUUUUGCGCAUGCAUCGAUGUUUUACAUUUACGUGCAUUUUUCAAAGAAGAAUGACACGACACGAAUAAGCUUACUGAAUAAUCCUCAUUUAUAAAUGCUGUUCUCCCUCAUCAUUUUGGGAGCUAUGCAAAAAUGCAAGUAAUGCACACUUGGUGUGAUUGAGCACAUGAAUGAUAAUAUCGUCCUUAUUUUAGUUUCAUUUAAAGUUCAGAAGCAGGGUUAACGUUGAGCUUUGGAGUCUUAAAGUCUUGAAUGGUCUUCCUUAUAGGUGUGUGUGUUUUUGUGUGUGCGUGCAGGAUAUUAUAUCAGUAACACUUGUGACUCUUUCUGUAUCGCUGCGAGUUGCUAUUUGUUCACUACAGCGAUGACCAAUCAGUUCUUGCGUUGCAGUAAUGAAACUUUUUAGAUGUCCCCUUACUGGCUUGUUAGCUAUAUACCUCAGAAACUCGUAUUGUUAAAAAAAAUUAUAUAUGUAUGUAUCCUAAGCUAUUUUAUUUUCGUAUGGAAAAGGAUUUGAGUACAGACAGGACUGGUUGUAUGUAGACCGGUAGCACUGUUAAGAGUUAGGAAAGUUGUAUGAAACUAAACAGACUUAAAGUAGACGCCCACCUUCACUAAUCUGUCCUAUUAUGUUUUUUCAUUGUUGUGUUGUUUGUGUGUUUCAUAAGAUUUAGCACUUAAAUCCACAAAUUUGGUUCAUAAUGUGUGUACAAUCAUAAACGUUUUCCUGAUAAGUUUGAACAGAGAAUUUGAUUAAGUCUUUGGAUUGCAUUUCAACCUAUGUAUUCAAAAUAACAUUUUAUUCUUUAUUAUGUUUGUAUUUCUGUAUGCAACCAAAAUAAUGUGUUUUAGUAUGAUUGUUAGUUGUGCAACCCUAAAACUCCCAAAAAAAUGAUUUCAGGAUGUGAGUUGAUAAAUAUUGGAAUGGGUGAUAAUAACAUAACAUGGCUUUGAUGUUAAUUUCUUUAAGAUAAAAGGGUUUGGUACAAUUAACUAUUUCUCAAUAAUUAGUGUUCUCUAUAUGGCAAGUGUAUUUACCCCUAUUAAUAUUAUGUUUGAAUAAUAAUGUUUAUUCUGUCUUUGAUUUCUGAAUCGAUUUGCUGUUAGUACAAGUACAGCUCACCACGUCACUGCAAAGAAUUGCUUGCAGAUCAUAAUGCCCUUAUAUUGUGUGAUUUUGUGAAUUGGUCGGCAUUGUCCUCUUGUCAUUUUACCCAAAUCGGACCCCUUUCCCUCCAUGAUAUCUUAAAGCAAUCUUAAAAAAUAAAAAACAAUUAUCACGUUUUUCACAA